AUGGCAGCGCGAUCCCGGAGACCCUGGCUGAGCGUGGUGCUGGGGCUGGUGCUGGGUUUCACCGCCGCCUCCUGGCUCAUCGCCCCUAGAGUGGCCGAGCUCAGCGAGAAGAAGCGGCGCGGCGCCAGCCUCUGCUCCUACUACGGCCGCGCGGCGGGGCCGGGGGCGGCCCGGGGCGCGGCGGCGGCGGGCGGGCAGCAGGCGCCGCCGGGGGCAGCGGCGGUCCUGGGCGGCACGAGUUUCAGGAGCAGCCCCUGGGAGCUACCGCCGGCGGCGGCGGAGGGCACGGUCUCCAGCCCCGCUGCCGGCGGGGAAGGGGAGCCGGAGGAGGAGGACGAAGGCGGCGAGAAGCGGAGCGGCCGGCCUGGCAGCAGCCACAACGGGAGCGGGGACUGGGGAGGCGCCCAGGGGUGCACCAAGCCCCGCAACUUUCUCUACGUGGGGGUGAUGACGGCCCAGAAGUACCUGGGCAGUCGGGCGGUGGCGGCGCAGCGGACGUGGGCGCCCUCGGUGCCGGGCCGCGUGGAGUUCUUCUCCAGCCAGGGCUCCGCCGCGCCCCCCGGGAUGCCCCCGCUGCCCGUCGUUGCCCUGCCGGGAGUGGACGACUCUUACCCGCCUCAAAAGAAGUCCUUCAUGAUGAUCAAGUACAUGCACGACCACUACCUGGACAAGUACGAGUGGUUCAUGCGGGCGGACGACGACGUCUACAUAAAAGGUGAAAAAUUGGAGGAGUUUCUUCGCUCACUGAACAGCAGUAAACCUCUGUAUUUGGGGCAGACUGGUCUGGGUAAUAUUGAAGAACUCGGAAAACUCGGGCUGGAGCCUGGAGAAAAUUUCUGCAUGGGAGGGCCAGGCAUGAUCUUCAGCCGGGAAGUUCUCCGCAGAAUGGUGCCACAUAUAGGUGAAUGCCUUCGAGAAAUGUACACCACUCAUGAGGAUGUGGAAGUGGGCAGGUGUGUCCGGAGGUUUGGAGGAACUCAGUGCGUUUGGUCCUAUGAGAUGCAGCAAUUGUUCCAUGAAAACUAUGAACACAACCGCAAGGGUUACAUUCAAGAUCUUCACAACAGCAAGAUCCACACAGCCAUAACACUUCAUCCAAACAAAAGACCUGCCUACCAGUAUAGGCUGCACAAUUACAUACUGAGUCGCAAAAUUUCCGAACUGCGCCAUCGGACCAUCCAGCUCCAUCGAGAAAGUGUCCUGAUGAGCAAGCUCAGUAACACUGAAAUAAAUAAGGAAGAUCAGCAACUGGGAGUGGUGCCAUCUUUCAAUAACUUCCAGCCACGUGAAAGGGAUGAAGUCAUCGAGUGGGAGUUCCUGACAGGAAAGUUUCUUUACUCAAUGGUGGAGAACCAGCCACCCCGGCAGAGCCUGAGCAGCGUCCUGCGGGCUGCACUGGAUGAUACUGUGAUGCAGGUCAUGGAAAUGAUAAAUGAGAACUCCAGAUCCAGAGGAAGACUCAUUGAUUUCAAGGAAAUACAGUAUGGGUACCGCAGGGUAGACCCUCUGCAUGGAGUAGAGUACAUCCUGGAUUUACUGCUUUUGUACAAAAGGCAUAAAGGAAGGAAAGUUACAGUUCCAGUGAGACGCCAUGCUUACCUUCAGCAAUUGUUUAGCAAACCUUUCUUCAAAGAAGCAGAGGAGCUGGAUGUAAAAAGCUUGCUGGACGACACCAACGGUGACACUCAAUCUUUCUCUUUCCUUUCAAAUUCUUUAAAGAUUUUUUCCUCGUCAUUCCAAGGCACCAAAGACACUGGGGGACAGAGUGACAAGAAAAUACAUAUUCUUGUCCCUAUCACAGGGAGAUUUGAUACUUUCUCAAGAUUUAUGGUUAAUUUUGAGAAGACUUGUCUGAUUCCCAAGCAGAAUGUAAAGUUGGCAAUAAUUCUCUUCAGUUCUGAUUCGGGCCCAGACUCUGGCAAACACAUAGACCUAAUGAAAGAAUACAGCAUUAAGUAUCCCAAGGCAGAUAUAACCCUGAUUCCGAUGUCAGGAAAGUUUUCUAGAGGUCUGGCUCUUGAGAUGGCCUCAUCUCAUUUUGACAAUGACACUUUGCUGCUGUUCUGUGAUGUUGAUCUAGUAUUCACAUCAGACUUCCUCCAGCGAUGCAGAGAUAACACUAUUCAGGGAGAACAGGUUUACUACCCUAUCAUCUUCAGCCAAUACGAUCCAAAAGUAAUAUAUGGAGGCAACCCUCCAGCUGACAGUAGUUUUGUUUUCACAAAAAGAACUGGAUUUUGGAGGGAGUAUGGAUUUGGAAUUACCUGUAUUUACAAAAGUGACCUACUUACUGCUGGUGGAUUUGAUACCUCGAUUCAAGGCUGGGGACUUGAGGACGUAGAUCUCUUUACUAAAGUGAUAACAUCUGGCUUGAAGGCUUUCAGAAGUCAGGAAGUAGGAGUUGUCCAUAUUUUUCAUCCUGUUCAGUGUGACCCCAACUUAGAUCCGAAACAAUAUAAAAUGUGCUUAGGGUCCAAAGCAAGUACAUUUGCCUCUACCAUGCAGCUCGCUGGACUCUGGCUACAGAAACAUUUGGGUGUCAGGUACAAUUGGACUCUCUCCUGACAACUCAGCCUAUUUGGCCUUUUUAGGGGAGUUUACCUCAUUGCUGUUAUUUGAUUUUGCUGUUGUAGUUUUAAACUCCCUCCUUGUAGUCUUCCAAAGACUGUUGACCUCAAAUGGGCUGACUCUGCUGUUCACUGACGUUUCUUAUACCUAGUGAACUGGUGAGGUGAAUUCCUUCAUAUUUCCUUUAUUUGAAAUUCAGUCUUGUCAUGGAAAUCACACAAGCCCAUGGAGCAUAUUCAUCACAAGGGACUGUGUUAGAAGAAUGUUGUCUUUCAGUUUUUGGAUUCAGUAUCAUCUUUGUUGCAUUUCUCAGAUUUGAUGUGAUACAAAUAUUUACUGGUGAAGGUACCACAAAAGUGCUUUAUGCUUCUUCUGGGGAUGGAACUCUCUAAGAUAAACUUGAGUUUUAUAAUUUAUAUGAGGACUUAUAUGUAUAAACGCUACUUUUCUUCAUCUUUAGAAUUUUUAAAGUAAAUGAAUAACUAUAACUGUACGUUUAUUUUUAAAAAAAAAGAGUAAAGCUGAGGAGCUACUUGCAAAUACAACUGGUACUGGCUACCAAGGUCCUUAAAUGUCUUAUUAUUAAAACAAACUCCUUAUUGUUAUUCAGUCAAAGUGUAAAUGAACUUUGUUUUCACAACAAACAGGAUUUAAUGAAAUGCUCAUCUACACUUUGAAGAUUAUUUGAGCCAACAUCCUUCAUUUGCAGGCAAGAAGAAACUAUGACUCAACAUGGUCAUUUAUGAUAAAGUGCAAGCAUACAGUGUUCUUACUUUGAAACACGUAGGAUAAGUUGUUCUUUCCCUUUUUAGAAUGAGUCUCUAAUACAUCAUUUGCUUUUACAUUCCUUUCAUAAGGCUGCACUUCAGUGUUAAAAGUUAAAGCUCUAGUUUUUGUUUUACAUUUUUAAUGAAUAUUGGUACUCAGUAGCAACUUGUUGUUAAAAUUAGAGUAACUGUAGAAUAGUUAUUUAAGUUUCAAAAUUUACUAUUGCUGGUCAAAGUUCCUUGCCAAUAUAUUUAUAUUAGUGGAGGUUGUAAGACUGUUUUCAGAUUUAUUUCUCCAAACCGCCUGAAGUUGCCAUAAUGUGGAUUCAUGAAGUCAAGUAUUUAAUACCAACAGGAGAAAUAAUAAAAUUAAUUUCUGUAUUUUAAAGAAAUGUUUAUAUAGGGAUAUAUGUGUGUAUGUGUGCGUGUGUGUAUAUCCCUAUAUAUAUAGAUAUAUAGAGAGAGUAAUUUCAAUGUUCCACUUUUCAGUUCAGGCAGUGAUUUGCUACAAUCAUUGGGUUUCUUUUGCCAGAUGUUUGGAGCAUUUCAUGCUAUACUGUGGUAAGAGCUUAGAGACAUUCAGGAAACCAUCAGAAUUCAGCUAAACUUAAGUUAUUACAGUGGGUACAUCAAUAAACUCAGUACCCUUGAUUUCAAACUAUUUCAAACUGAGCUGGGCAAGAAAAAGUGGUGAGUUUUUAGCUGUAACUGACUGCUUCUGUGUUUCCUUAAAAAAGAAAGCCAACCAAAAAACCCCCCAAACCCCGCAAAAUAACUAAGUGAUUGGAAUUCACUGGCACAUCGGUUUGUGGGAGGAAUCCAGGUUAUUCCCUAAGGUUUGAAGAGGGUAUGUAGGUCAGUUAAUGUCUGUUAUCUGUGGCUCUCUGUUCUGGACUUACCAUGCAAAGAAAAAGGCAACCUUGACAAGGACUGAGUAAAUUCAGAAUUAAAAGACUGGCCAUAGUGUGCUCUAAGAAAGGCCAUUUCUUUGCCCUGGACAAGAUAUGUGUGAGAACAGAGG